AUGAUUGAAAAUGGAACGGUAACUCAAGAGGAGCUUGAGAAUAAAGUUGAAAGUCUCGAAGAAGAAAAUCGGCAAUUACGAGAAGGUACAUAUUUAUCCUUAUCUCUCUCAAAAUAUUUAAACAUAUUGCUUAAAGAGGAAUUAGGGAUAAUACAUACUGCUAAGAAAUGUUCUCGCGAUUCUGCACUUAUUAGAGCAAUUGAGGCUAUUAACGAUUUAGUUGGUGAAAUUGGUCGAGCAGUUGGUCGUGGAAUUCGUGCUGUUUUUGAUGUUAUUGGACGUGCAAUAAAAGGAAUUGGAAAUGUUAUUGCUCGUGCUUUGACGGCAAUUGGAAAUGUUAUUUCUAGUUGUCUUAAGGCUAUUGGCAAUUUGUUAUCCCGAUUCUUUAGAUGGAUUGGUUCUUGGUUUAGUUGAGAAGCAUAAUUAUUUUUUAGGAAUGUUUGAAUUAAAUGAAUGUA